CUCGCCGCUGCCCACGGCCAGGAUGGAGCAGCAUCGAUCCCCGUCGAUGGGGAUGUCGAUGCUGCCGAGGAGGGGGCCGCCGCCGUCACUGGCUCGGAUUCUGACUCCCAGCAGGAGGAAGACCAGCAUCUGGCGGAUGCGGUGCGUGGAUUGGGACUGACUACGAAGUCGCCCUUCACACAUGAUCAAUCCGGGAAGGCAAGAAGCACUGGCACGAUCCGGCGAACGCCCUCCACUUCGAGUGAGGACGAUUACGAGGAUGACGAGGUGCUACAGUGGCUGCCAACCGCCGACCUGACAUCGGUGGAUGGAUCGGAGCGCUACUCCGACAUCCGGCAGCUGCUGGCCAGACAGCAGCCGUUCCUCCCGGAGGACCAGCACUCGCUCGGCUCGGAUUGGGCCGUCGGCGAUGGCUACGACCUGAGCGCCUACAACCAGAUCAACGGAGUGUGGCCUUUGGGUCAUCCGCUGCCCCUGCCCGACUGGACCAGCGGCGAGGGCGAAGCCGGCAAGGGAACCCUGAUCUUCGACAACGUGUGGCAGUACGAGGAACUGAACGGGAUUGUGGAGACCACGCUGCAGCGCAUGCUGGAGGAGACCCACUACAACACGGUCAAUCUGUUUGUGGACUUCUACCGUAGCUUCAAGCGCACCCGCCGCUCGGAUCUGCGCAGCUUUUUCCAGUUCUACGACGUGCCCAUCAACCGUCGCCACCACAUGUGCGUCUCGCUGGCCUUUGAAAUAAUGGCCAGGAUGGUGCAGAUGUUCCCGGUGCUGGCGCAGUACUUGUAUGUGGUCUCCUGCGAGGAGCAGGUGAUGGACUGCAACGACUACGUUCAGCUGGACGAAGAGUACGGCCUAAACUCGGCCAACGCGGCCGUUGAGAAGGAGCACGUCAUGGUGGCCAUGCGUAUAGCCAUAGGAGAGCGUCGUGGCGUCAUGAUUCUCGAUCCAGGGUACCACGUGAGUCGUGCGGUGACUGUAAUGAAGGAUCAGAGCUAUCCACACACUGGCUGGUUUACCCAAUCGAAGGAGCCGCAUCUGCAGCGGGACUACUGCUACGCGUACAGCCAGCACAGCGGCAAGUUUGUGGAGUGGAAGGAGCGCGAGAUCCGCGGCGAGAAGAGCAGCUUUAAGACCUCGCUGGUCUACGUGGCCCAGGAGUACAUCACGGCCAUCGAUGUGACCGUGCGCCGGAAUCUGGUGUACAACUUCCGGUCGCUGCUCUCGCGCGAUGCCAAGGGCCAGGUGUAUGCGGGUAUCUACUUCCCGCUGGUGGCCAACGUGCAGGAGUCGUAUCUGACCAUCUUCUACGACGGACCCAACGAGCAGAGGGUGCGGACGAAGCUGAUGUUCAGCGGCUUCAAAGUGGGCAAAGGCAAGCUUCCAGACUCCAUAAGCCACCAUUUGGGGAAGCUGGCACCACAGCUGAAGAUGCCGUUGCAGGAGCUUACGGAGCUGUGCAAAGCCCUGGCCGAGGUGGUCACCGAUCAGAACUUUAUCGGCCAGGUGCUGUCCAUCAACGACGACAUCGGCAACAUGUCCGUGGAGAAUUGACGGUUAAAGGAGCCUAAGGAUGUGGCUGCAAGUCCCGAAGAGAUGGGGAAAGACCCUGACACAGCAGCUGCAACUUAGAGUUCCAAAUCUAAAUACUUUAUCCUUUCCACACAGUAAUAUUCUUUUAGUAGCACCUAAACACACCCCACAUAUAUCAAUGUAUACACCCUGAACACCCACUUGCACACACAAAGACACUACAUAUAUCUAAAAACGCCAAUCGUAUGAGUUAACCGAAACUUAAUCAAAUGAAAAAUUACACUUGUAUGAAAAUUA